AUGGAUGGAUUAAAGCUUGGAAAUAAUUCGGAAGAUUGGUCAUUUGAAUGGUGGAAUAAAGUAUACACGAAAACUCUAGAUAACAUAAAAGUAUCAAAAACUUCUGAUGGGGAAGUACAAGUUUCUAAAAUUGUCAAAGAAUCAACAAUUCCUAGAAAUCAAAUGGGAAUUAUAAGUACAAGCGAAUCACUUUAUUCUCUUUCUGAUUCUUCCAAUUCAAAUUUUGACACAUCCUCAUCUGAAUUACCUCAUAAGAGUAGAUUUAACGAUGAUGGAAGCUCUUCAUCUUUCAAUUUCAAAUCAAAAUCAUUAUUCUAUCAUGGAAAUUUUGUUAAAAGUUCAAAUGGACUAUCGGAUUUCAAUAGUUGGAAUAAACCGGAGGUAAAUCAUGAUCCAACAACAGACUUGGAUUCAGUGAAGAAAGAAAAAAGAUCAUUAUGUUUUGCAGUUACAUCGGAUAAUUGUGAUGAUACAUUACGUAAUGAGAAUCAACAAGAUGAGGAAAAAAAAAGGAAGGAAUCAAAAAAGAAGAGAAAACGUGAUAUUCUAGCUAAAAAGGAACAACGGAAAAAGAAAAAAGAAAAAAAGGAAGAUGAUAAAAAUGAUGAUAAUGAUAAUCAUAAAUCUAAGAGGAAUAAGAAAUAA